ACUUCUCUUUAUAUUCCUUGUCUCUAACUGUACUUGCCGUCUCACAGACAAAAGCCCUAACCACUUCCCUUCCAAAGCUCCCCCAAUGUCGAAGAAGCGUAACCCUUUGGAAGAUCCACCCGCCGCUUCAUCAAGCGACGAAGAAGAAGUCGAGUCUUCCGCCGAGGAAGAAGAAGAAGAAGACGAUAACUCCUCAUCUGAAGAAGAAGAAGAAGACGACGAUCCCAAACCUCCUCCCUCCUCCUCCGCCGUCACGAUCGCCGUCCCAGGCAAACCCACUGCUACCCUCCCCGCCGAUUCAGAAUCCGGAUCGGAGACCGAGACCGACUCCGAAUCUGAACCGGAGCAACCAACAAACAAGGGAUCUGGCAAAGCGGUCCUCACCGCGAAGAAGGACAAGGACGCUCCUCCUCCGCCGCCUGUUGCUCUAGCUUUACCGGCGAAAUCGGGAGCGAAGCGGCCUAGCACUGAAGGUCCGUCGAAGGAGACGAACUCCAAGCGGGUUAAGAAGGAUGAAGAGAAGAGAGAAGACUCGAAGAAGCCUGCUGCUUUCCAGAGGCUAUGGACCGAAGAAGACGAGAUCGCUGUCUUGCAAGGUAUGAUCGAUUUCAAGAAGGAUACAGGGAAGUCUCCUUACGACGACACGAAUGUUUACUAUGAUUACAUCAAGAAGUCUAUUAGCUUUGAGGUUAGCAAGAACCAGUUUAUGGAUAAGAUUAGGAGCUUAAGGAAGAAGUACAUCGGUAAGGAGAAACCGUCUUUCACGAAGCCGCAUGAUCAGAAGUCUUAUAGGCUGUGUCAGUAUAUCUGGGGACCUGAUGGGAUGGGUCUUGAAUCCGCUGUUAAGUCCAACGGUGCUUCGAAAAAGAGUCAGAAGAAGACUAAGAAGCUUGAUUCCGUCAAGCAGGAGCUUUCCUUUGGUGCCUCCCCCAAUGGUAAGACGGUUGAUGAUGAUGAGAAUGAUGUGGAGGUGGCGGUUGCUGCUAAGAAGCAUGAUUGGUUCGACAACUCGUUUCUUGUUCAGGGGAUUGCGGGGUUCGGUGUUGAUGAGCAUCAUGUCAAACAGAGAUGGAGUUUGGUUCCGGUCGAGACCAAGAAGAAGGUUGAAGAGAAGCUCAAGCUGUUGCAGGCCAAGGAAAUUGAGUUUGUGUUGCAGAAGACUGAGGUUUUGCAUCAAGUGACCACUAUGAUCGCUGAAGCAUCUAAGAACAAGCCAUUAGAUAUAUAGAUUGAAUGCCAAUGUCUGUCUUUUGCUUUUGUUUUUUUUUUUUGAACUUAGGGUUUUACCCUUUUGAUUCCAUGUUAUGAUCUAUCUAUUAUGUAAUUUUCUGGUUUAUUUUGAUGGUUUUCUCUCAUAUGAAACUCUCUGUUUUGGUUUUGUUGCUUAUAUAUAAAAGUAGGCCUGGGAUUUUAAA